AUGGCUGAUGUUGAAAAGACCACCGGUGAUUCUACGACGAAUACCGAAAUGGCAAAGCCACGUGGCGAAAUGAACGUACCCCAAGCUGAUCCUUUGCUGGUUAGCUGGAAUGGCGAUGACGAUCCCGAGCAUCCUUACAACUGGAAACAACCUCUGAAAUGGGCCAUCACCAUUCUUCUUUCCUUCGGUGGCCUCGUUACCCUCAUGUCUGGCGCAAUGCUUGCUCCCGCUCUCCAAGACAUCGCACACGACUUCAAAACCAACGAAAAUAAUGCUCAAAUCUUCCUCUCCAUCUUCGUUCUGGCUUUUGCCUUCGGUCCUAUGGUCCUAGCACCUUGCACCGAGGUGUUUGGCAGACGACCAGUCUGGAUCAUAUGCGCCUGCUACUACGUGGCAUGGAACACGGCAGCUGGAUUCAGCAAGUCCCCUGGUGUUCUCAUUGUCUGUCGCAUCAUGUCUGGUAUUGGCGCCAGUGCCGAGUUUGCAGUCACCAGCCCCGUGCUGGCAGAUAUUUGGACGCCUGACCAGCGUGGCAAGUCGUAUGCAAUCUCGACAUUCUUGCCUCUGCUAGGGCCAGCUCUCGGACCAAUCAUCGGCGGCGCCGUGACGCAGACAAUCGGCUGGCGAUGGAUCUUCUAUAUUCUGUCCAUUUUUGACGGAAUUCUUAUUGUUACUGGUGUCUUCUUACUUCCCGAAACCUACAAGGUGAUUCUACUGCAAAGGAAGGCAAAGAAGCUGCGCGCGGAAACCGGUGAAGCUUACUAUACGAAGGAAAGCCGCGAGAAACUAAGCUCAAGACUGGCCAUAUCAUUGACCCGACCACUUCGUCUGCUUUUUACACAUCCUACCAUUCAGGUUACGGGAAUCCUACUCGCUUACAACUUUGGUCUCUUGUACAUUGUUCUCUCGACAUUCGCGACGUUGUGGAUUGACCGCUACCACCAAAGCAAGUUCAUAGGUGGACUACAUUAUCUUGCGCUGGUGCUUGGUUACACGGUCGCUUCGCAAGUGGGAAGCAGAUUUAUGGACAAGAUCUGGGCACUUCUGAAGAAGCGCGCGGGUGGAACCAAGACAGCUCCCGAGUAUCGCGUGCCGCUCAUGGUUCCUGGAGCUUUCCUGCUUCUCAUCGGUAUCUUCAUCUACGGCUGGACGGCCCAGUAUCGCCUGCAUUGGAUUGCGCCUGAUAUCGGCAUCGCAAUCUUUGGCUGCGGCAUUAUUCUCAACACGCAAGCGAUGCAAGCAUACGUCACCGAGGCGUAUCUUGGUCAUGUUGCAUCGGCCUCUGCGGCGUCGCAAUUUUUGCGCAGCAUUACUGGCUUUGCGUUUCCACUUUUUGCACCGGCGCUAUACAAUAAUUUAGGCUAUGGUUGGGGCAACAGUAUAUUGGGUUUUGCGUUUCUGGUUCUCGCAGCUCCUGCGCCGAUUGUUCUGUGGUUGUAUGGCGCCAGAAUGAGAGCCAUCGGGAAGCACAAGUAG